AUGUCUUUCCUCCGUGCGGGCUUCCCCGCCCUGCUCGUGUGCCUGCUGGUGCUUCUGCCGCAGGUCCAUGCUUUCGGCGCCGGCAAUAUCGCGUCCAUCUCCGCCGUUGAGGGUAAGAACUGGCGCCAUGGAGACAUCGAAGACAUGCUCAAGACCGUCGCCUUCAUCGCCGGCCACAAAUGGACUUCUACCCAGAUCAAGCGUGUCUACUUUGGCAAUUGGCUGCGCGAUUACUCGCAGGCAAUGGAUGUCGGAACCCUGAAAAAUCUCCAGUCCGAUACGAUUCGCGUGUUGGUGUGGGUCCUCUCGUUUCUGACCUUCGGCUAUGCGACGGGCGAGUUCGAAGUCACCUCCGAGCGAUUGGGCGUCUACCGUCCCGAGGAGCAUAUUGACAACCCCAAGGACUACGCCGAUAACGAAGAUGCCCGCCAGUACGACAAGCGCCUGCGACCCCCGGUCCGCCAGGUCGAGCUCGAUAUCGACCAGGAAACCGGUAUGAAGAACUAUAUUGCCAAUGAGCGGGGCGAUUGGGCCACCAGCGCUGCCUAUAUUAAGUACAGUCUGGGGCGCAGCAUCCACUAUGGACGCACGUAUACUCAUGGUGGAGAUCGAAAGGGUAACGAAGAGGACCUAUGUGAGGCGCUCCGUUGUCUGGGUCAGGGUCUUCAUACGCUCGAGGAUUUUGCGGCGCACACCAACUACUGUGAGCUGGUGUUGCGCGAGAUGGGCUUCCACAAUAUUUUCCCUCAUACCGGCACUGCCACCCAAAUCAACAUCCGUGGGCACCACGUCUUCCCGCUCGUGACUGGAACCUUUGGUAUGGUCGAUUUCUUCCACUCCGUGCUGGGUGAGGCCAAUGAUCAUUUCACUCAAUCCGAGGUCAACGAGAUGGAUAUCGCACUUGGCGAUGCACAGAACAAUGCUCAGUCUAACAACUCACUCAACGCUCUUACUGGCUUGCUGGGCAAGAUUCCAGGAACCAGGGACCUGGUCUCUGAAGCCGAAAACCUGAAACAGCUGUCCGAAGCGCAGGAGACCAGCAAUCGUUCCCGAGGCUCGCACAUGGGCUACGCGGAUCGAGGCCUCGAUGGUCAGGAACAAAGCCGUGCUUCCGGUUCUAGUCAGCCUUCUACGGGUGGUCCGGGUCCGGGACUCUCUGGUAUGCCUGACUUUAAUCCUCAGGAGACCGUGGCCAGAAUCUAUCCUAUUCUGGCUUUCCGUGACAAGGUAGUUCGAAAGCUGAACUCGAUCAUCGAGAAGAUUCCCGGCCUGGAGGCUAUCAUUGAGAAGAUCACAGACACUUUAACUGUCUUCAUCAUGUCGCUGCUUGCCCCAUUCGUGCGACCCCUCAUUAGUGCCGCCUCCAAGUCUCUGCAAACGGGCUCUGCGGGCGUUGUUGACGCCUCGGGCAAGCACCAGUAUGAGCCCUGGACUGAUCCUCACUGCACUGAUCCCACCCAUUCGCUGCUUUCCAAGGACCACUUUGCGAACGUGCUGAACGAGCCGGCGGGCCAAGUUGCCUCGGUGAUUCUCAAGUACGUCGCUCCGCGCGUGUUGUAUGCCUGGCAGCACGUCGAUGUGCCCGAGCACGAAGUUCUGGAGGAUUGCCUGAAGGUUUUCCACCACCCUGCUCUGCGAAACAUGAAUAACGAAGCUCAUCGAGCAAUGUUCGAGGCCGUCCAGAACUGGGCUCAUGCUCGGCCAGACCGCGGCCAGAACCUGAACGACAUCCUUAGCGCUGAUGGCGUCAGAUCCGGCCGCAACACCGGUGGUGUUCCCCACACUCACGGCGGCGGCGGUGGUGGCUUCGCUGCACUUGGCGGUGGUGCCCAUGGGCAAAGCCAUGGGCAGGGUAAUAGCCAGAGUCACGGUGGAGGCUCGGCGCAGUCAUUCUUCUCCCAGUUCCAGGGGCAGUCUCAUUCCCAGUCACAGCAGCAGCAUUCUCAGAGCUCCUCUGGUUUGCCUUGGGAUAAGCUAUCUAGUCUGCCGAUUCCCGGUAUUUCCAACCUGAACAAGCUGAACAAAUUGGAGAGUACCCUCUCGAAUUUCAUUCCGGGUGGUCUGUCGCGUGGCUCGUCCAGAGAACUUGGAGAUGAGGGUGUUGGACAUGGUAGUGGAUUUGAACACCAGCAGCCGCAGUAUCAGGAGCAGCAUCAGCAUCAGCAUCAGCAUCAGCAGCACCAGGGGCAUUCUCAUGGUCAUCAUGACUCGGGUCACCAUGGCCAGAGUCACCAAGGACAUGGCCCUCAUGGCCAACACCAUGGGCAUCAGGGAUACGGACAUGAUGGGUACGGGUACUAA